ACCUAUUUCUAUGUUUUCGGGGUCAAAAAAUAACGGCUUGGCUUUUAUGAUAUAAAACCCUUACUUUUUCGCCUUGUUUUUUCAAUUCAAAGACUUUUCAUUGUUCUGUGCUUUCUUCCCUCUUUGCCCGUCGAGGUUUUCUUGGAGAAGGGUCCUUCUUCUUUUUGAUUGUACUCUUCUCCUCUUUUGUUUCUCCAGCAUCUCUAAUGGCUACCGUUAACAGAUGGCUUAGGCCCGAGGUCUAUCCCCUCUUCGCCUCAGUUGGUGUUGCUGUUGGCAUUUGCGGGAUGCAACUUGUUAGAAAUAUCACCACCAACCCUGAAGUGAGGGUCACUAAAGAGAACAGAGCUGCUGGAGUUCUUGAUAAUCACAAAGAGGGUGAGAAAUACGCAGAACAUGGUCUCAGGAAGUUUCUUCGCAACAGGCCUCCCCAGAUCAUGCCAUCUAUCAACAAUUUCUUCUCAGAUCCAAACUAAAAGAACAAAUGCUAAGAUCUUCGAACUUGUUAUUGGAAAAUUUGAUUAUUUGAAAUUAGUUUUCGGCUUGCUGAGUAUCUGGAGAAAAGUAGGAGAGAAAAGUAUUGUUUAUUUGAAAAGGUGAUGGGAAUUAUUUUGUUAUUGCAACUUGCAAAGUUGUCUGGUUGUGAUGCAUGAACAACUAAUAAAGUUCACAUUUGCGAUUUGAUUA